GUCAAACAAAGAAAUUAAAAAAAUUAAUUAAUUCUCAUAAGAAGGAUAUUUAUUCCAACUAGUAAAAGAGCAUUUCAUGCUCUACAGCAAUUAUUUUUCUUUUCGCAAAAGAGUCGGUCUUUUUGAAUAUUUUGGCGAAAAUAACAAAUAAUUAAAUUAAACUCUAAUAAAGCGAGAAGAUACCUGUCAAUCGUAUCCAUCGUUGUAACUGUUCGCUUCAUUCGGUUAUUAUUAGUAAUGUUUUUACAAAACAAAUGCAAGACGUAUAGAUGCACGAGAUUGCACAACAAUAAUGUGGCAUCACGGGCAGUUAUCGUUUUUGCACUGAAUAGCACUCAAUGUUGAUGUUUACUAUGUACGCGAGAGUCAUCCGUCGAUUCGGUCGAAUAUUCAUAUCAUCGAGUUUCUCGUGUGAAGAUUCAUACCUAUCAAUAGUACCGAGUUAUCAAAGAUUUUUGCAGAUUACAUUUAAUCAUAAUUUAACACGGAGCUUGUACGUUUCACCUUAUCGGGAAGCAAAUAUCGUAAUUACAUCUGACAACGAAAUGGAGCUGAACGUCGACUACAAUCAGCUUUUGAAAGCACAAAAGGAUGAUAACAUUCUGAUCGUCGAUGUUAGAGAGCAAAAUGAGAUAAACGAGACUGGCAAAUUACCUGGCAGUAUUCAUAUUCCAAUGGGCGAUGUUGAGAACAUAUUCUUAAAUCUGUCAGAAGAGAAUUUUGAGCAACGUUAUGGCAGACGUAAGCCUACUAAAGAUUCCAAAAUCAUAUUUAGCUGUCGAUCUGGCAGAAGAAGUGCUAUGGUACAAGAAGCAAUACAGAAGUUAGGAUAUGCAAAGGUGUACAAUUACACAGGAGGCUGGUUGGAUUGGGAGAGCAAACAAAGUAAUUGAUAAGAAAACAAGGAGCUAUUAUUACAAUAGUAUGAAUAGUACAUUGUCAUAUAUUACAUUAAUUUUUAAUACACAUAGCAAUUCUCUGUGAUGUUUUACUAUGCAAAUAAAGGACAGUUUUAUUUAA